AUGAUUGAUGUUGCCUCCAGGCUAGGCUACAACAAUAAUUUUAUCGUGAAGCCUUUAGAUUUUGCUGGUGGCUUCCUUUUAUUUUGGAAGAAUGACCAAAUUGAUUUAGAUAUUAUCUGUCACAACUCUCAAGCUAUUCACACCAGAGUGAAAAAUGGGAAUAGCGACAGAUUCAUUACUUUUGCUUAUGUUAGACCUAACAUGCUUGCCAAGUGCAGGUUGUGGGAAAAUUGUAGGACUUUUUCUAGCUCUAUUCAGGGUUCGUGGAUUGUUCUGGACGACUUUAAUGAUAUUGCUUCUAGUGAAGAGCAAUGGGGGAGUUCCUCUGUCAACAGUAACCUUCUUCAAAGAUUUGUUGACGCCUAUAAUGGUUGCGGUUUGAUGGAUCCGGGCACCUCAGGUUCCAAGUUUACGUUGUGUCGUUUUGCCGGGAAUAGGGUGUUCCAAAUGCGCAGGCUUGACCAAAUGCUCUGGAACGUUGCAGCUCAACUCGAGUUUCCUGAAGGAAAGGUGGUAGUUCUGCCCCGCCAUUUUUCUGACCAUAACCCCAUCUUUUUUAUAGAAGAAGCUGGGAGGCUGCCUCACAUAAAUUUUCUUCCAUUCCGCUUUGAAGCAGCCUGGUUGUCUAGGAAUGAUUACAGGACCAUCUGGGAGGACGCCAUAGGGGGAGGUGAUCGCCCCAAUGAAGAUGUGAUUAGGAUUGUGACGCAGAAGAGUAGAAACUGGAACUGUAAUUCGUUUGGCAACAUUUUCCACCAGAAAAGACGCCUUGAAGCUCAAAUCCAGGAGAUUCAAAAUGCUCUUAAUUUCAAUUCGUCUGACCAAAUUCAAAGGCUUGAACGUCAGCUACUAGAUGAUCUCAAUGUCAAGAUGGAUCAGGAAGAAUCCUUCUGGUUUCAAAACUUGAGGGUGGAUUGGAUUAGAGAUGGGGAUAGAAAAACCCGGUUCUAUCAUAACUUUGCUUUGAUUAGAAGAAACAAAAAUCGCAUCAAAUUUCUUAAAAUCCAAGACGGCUGGACGGAUAAUCCGAUUCUUUUAUCAGCCCAUAUUAUUGAUUUUUUUGCUUCGUUAUUUUGUAGGUCGGUGGAGGAAGGUGAAGCUAACCUGAUUCCUAUUGUGGACAACUACAAAAUUCCCUAG